AUAUUUGUGUCAUUCUCAAAACUCUUGGACACGACUGUGCUGUCUGUUUGUCAGAAACCAGAUAAUUUACAGUUGGUGAUGCACUCACAUAGAUCAGUCAAUAAAAUGUACAGUAGUUUACUCAUAUGGGAUAUCUAGAAUCAUGACAGUAGAGAUCAAUAAUAUCUUUUGACAACAAUGUGAUAGAUAGACAGACAGCGCUGGGCCUGUAGUAUCAUCAAAGAUGGUGGACAAGGGAAAAGUCUAAUGCUUGGGAUGUCCCACCUCUGAUGUCACCCCAUUAAGUUGACAUUGAAAAUGGUUAAUGUAAGGGUUAAGGUUAGAGUAGGGGUUAAGUAUAGGGUAGGGACUUCCCAAGGAUCACAGGUAGUGCUGAGCAUAAAUGAAGGCUGUUUACCGUAGAAAAAAACAGUCACAGUUCCAGUCUGCUUAAUUAAGGGGUGGCUCUCCCAUAGGCACCAAUGAUUUAGCAGCUGGGUCUGGUCUUCUUAGCAGUUCAUUAACUGUAUAUGAACCAGAAAAAAGGAGCGAGUGAGACGUCUCUAGCUUCCUCUUCCGUCUCUGGUAUUAUCCCAGCCAGGGCCAAAACCGCCUGAUUCCCCUAAUCACAUCACCUCCUCACACCAAACCAAUUAGCUUAAUUAGCAAAGAUCCCACCCCACCUGCUGAUUGGUUAUUAGGGCACAAGAAGUGCUUGUGAGAGUUAUGGCAUUGUUGCAUCUGUCUGUUUGAUGGCUGUUUCUAGAGCUUGGCAGAAGCCUUACCUGACUUUUCUGGAGAGUAGCUGAUAGACAGGACAGCCUGGUGGGCACACUGAUAUCACACAUACUGCUGUUCGGAGCACCAAACACAAGCCCACACAUCUAGAUCUGUCUCAAGCUCUGAUCAUGCCUCAACACCAGAAGAGGCAGGUUACGGUGGCCCGGAGGGACCAGGGGGCUAGGAAGAAGAUGACCCUGAUCACUGUGUGUUGUGUACUGGUCACACUUGGGAUAUUGGCAGUGGGGGCUUACUUCAUCUGGUGUCUUGUCAACAGCAAGUUAUUCUUCUGCUCCCAGUCAUUGAAGUUCAUCCCUGUGACGAUGGUGUGUGACGGGAAAGCAGACUGUGCUGGUGGAAAGGACGAGCUCACCUGUGUGUCCAGCAAGCCGGCCAACGCCACCUUCCCAGUGCGGUUGGUGGGUGAGAGCAUGGUGCUACAGGUGUUCAGGGUGGAGGCUGGGUGGAGCACUGUGUGUGCAGACGACUGGGGAUUGAGCGACACCCGCAGUGCCUGUCAGCAUCUCGGAUACACAUUGAACCCUAAAAGCGAUAGACUGGAUAUCACCAGCCUACACCACUCACUGGGAGAGUCCUUCAGUGCAGUAAGAACUGAGGGUCUCCUUCACACUGUUCUCAUCAGCAGACAAACCUGCAUCUCAGGCUCUGUGAUAGCUCUAUCCUGCUCAGACUGUGGGGAUGCUGUGGGGCAAGACCGGGUGGUGGGAGGUUCUGACACCACCAUAGAGGAGUGGCCGUGGCAGGCCAGCCUGCAGAAAGACAAGCAGCACGUCUGUGGAGGCUCCCUGGUCUCCCUCACCUGGCUUAUCACCGCUGCACACUGCUUCAGCCGUGACGGGAAGGAUCUGAACCUCUGGCAAGUGGUGCUGGGUAGGACCCACCUGAUGUCUACUGGGGGGAUUUCUGUAGCAGCCAUCAUAAUCAAUAAAGAUUACAAUGGUUUCACUCACGACUAUGACAUCGCCAUGCUGAAGCUCACCAGGCCUGUCACUACCGGAGACACCCUCCGCCCAGUGUGCCUGCCACCCCACAGCCUGCCUCUGAAGGCAGGGGACUCCUUGGUGGUGACUGGCUGGGGCUUCCAGCAGGAGAAAGGUAGAAUUUCCUCAAUUCUGCAGAGUGCCACUGUGUCUCUGAUUGACAGGAAGGUGUGCUCCCGCCCCUCCAUCUACGGCCCCUCACUCACUCCCAGAAUGCUGUGCGCAGGGAACAUGGAGGGCAAAGUGGACGCGUGCCAGGGUGACAGUGGGGGUCCACUGGUGUUCCUAUCCAAGAGUUGGCAGCUGGUGGGGGUGGUGAGCUGGGGGGUGGGCUGUGCCCGCCCGGGGAACCCUGGGGUCUACUGCAGCGUAGAGCAGCAACUCAACUGGAUCUACUCCAUCAUGGAGAAGUACUCCUAAAAAUCCAGUUUCUCUCCGAGGUAACUCAACUGACGGGGGUUCUCUCUCAAUGAGCGCUGAGUUGAGUCUGGUGAACAUUCACUCAAAGGACAAACACAUCCCACUGAGCUGUGACUGAAUACUGAGCUGUGAAUGUUCACGUUUUUAUUCUUUUAUACUCCCUUUGAGAGAUGUUCUUCCUUUCAAGGAUUUCUCACACUGGAGUCCAUCCCACAGACCCUUAUGCUGAACAGAAGAUGGGCCAUGGAAACCCGUGCCAUAUAAACCUAUGUUCCUCAUCUUCAACAUCAGAACUCCAUUUCCCAUAACCUUCUUUGAUUACUGUUGCUCUUGUCAUUUUUAUUGCUCACAUUAUCAUCACAGUAAAAACUGAAUGGUAUAUUGGAAUCCUGCAGUAGCUAUACUCAUGUUGCUGUAAUGUCUGGGCUGCGUUGUGAAAGCAAAUCCCAUUGGGAGAACUGGAGCAGUCUAUCCUACAGUACAUGCAUGUCUUCCACUCAGUAGUGGUGUUUGCAUAGUAUCACUGUUCUCUUAGGAGUGUGAGUCAGCCAGGGAUUCAGUGCCACAAGCUCAAAUCCGUGUCCUACCAGAGAUAGUACAUUUACUACUGUCUAUGAUCUAACCGUGCCAUCUAUCUGUUCUCAUCUAAGACACCUGAGGUCAUUCAACUUUACCCUCAUGUUAAAUAUACAGCUAUUUAGGUUCAUUCACUCACCGCUCCACUGGUACAACACAUCUCUGUGGUUUACAUACAUGUCUAGCACAUCUCUAAGGUAAAUCUACAUCUCUAAGGUAAAGUUCCCAAAAGACCCUCCUGCUACUGCAACAAGCCAGUGCAUUUAUUUGAAGGGCUAUGCUAUGGGAACAGCAAUACUGGGGCUUGUCCAUAUUAGAAACUGCUUCAGUGAUUGAGGGAGGUACAGUGGGGCAAAAAAUUAUUUAGUCAGCCACCAAUUGUGCAAGUUCUCCCACUUAAAAAGAUGAGGCCUGUAAUUUUCAUCAUAGGUACACGUCA